AACAGAGAGCUUUGCACCGGAGACCGACGGGAGCCCGAACCCUCAGCUCCCCGGCGACGACGUCGACGGUGUUGCACCGGGCUCCGUGCGAAGGCGGUCGCGCCGGCCCGGCCAAUGGCAGCUGGGCUCCUACGGACGCUUCCGCAGCGCACGAGCAGCACGUUCAAAUGUGAACGAGUGCCCUACGGAGGCUCGGAAGCUGCACUGCCCCGACAUGAAGGCGCAGAUGCGGUGGCGGUGGCGGCAGGCGUUGCUGCUGCCUAGCUGGCCCGCGUUGCCGGCUUGAUGACGUCAGCAGUCAUGGCGAACAGCAGCGCAGUAGGCGUGCAGGAUGGUGUCAACGGGACCCCGUGGGCUGACCUCUGGUGGAAGGAGAGGGUUCAGGUAGCGUCCCCGGACUGGGCGGAGCUUCGGCAGCGCGUCCGUUGGCUGUGGCCCGUGCACGCGUACGGGCUGGCCUGCCUCUUCCUGGGCCUGGCCGUGACGGCAUUUCUCACGGCACUGGGCCUGCGGGCGCGGCUCUCGACCCGGCCGCACCUGUCCACGCUCAAUGUCUUCCUGCUGCUUCUGGGCCUCACCAGGUGCCUCUGCCUCUUCCUAGACCCCUACGGCUCCAGGCAGUUAAUGCCCGGAGUGCUGCUGGCCAUGCUCUGGGACCUGGGCUUCCCGUGCCUGCUGUCCGCCUUCUCGCUCCUCCAGCUCGCCUUUCUGCAGAUCACCCAGAUGCAGGCGAGCCCGUCCCGCAUCGGCGACGAGACCUGCAUCUCGCUCGUGGUGGUGCUACACUUCUGCCUCGCCAUCCUCUCAGACAUCCUCUGGGCCAUGCAAAACUCUACCAGGGUCGUGUGGUUGUUCACGCAGCUCUCGUUCACGGCCUGGGGUUUGUUUGUGUGCUCUGCCUGCGUGUGCUCCUGCCUGCGGCUUCAGCGGUCCAUUGCGCAGCUGCCCAUGCUCCUGUUCCUGCCUCCCCAGCCGAGUGCACAGGACGCCAUUGUGGUGGCAGCCUGCUACGACAACAAGGGCGUUCUACCUCUGGGCACCCUUGACCGGCCCGUUCCCAGCCGCCCUCCUGUCUCUCUGACGAGACCCCGAGAGACCUUCGAGUCCCACCACAUCACCAGAGGCCCUUCGCGUGGGGCUUGGGACCCGAUGGCGCCGAGGAUCCGCAUCACGGACGAGCACCAGCGCACCCUGAGCCUCAGCGGACCCGAGGGAUCAUCACCGCCAUCCAACGACCACGGAGCACGCUCCUCCUCGUCAAAUGGCGACCAGGACCACGAACCUGUCUCCGCGGGCGCAACGAGUCCUCGGGGUCUACGAUCAAGAGCCUCGAUGCCCCUCUGCCCAUCUCAGCUUACGCAGGAGCAGCAGCAGCCCCUUAUGCAGUCUCCCGUGAAGCUGGAGGCAGAGUACGGCAUCGCAGAGGUUCCCGUCCGGCUUGACCAGCGUCGGUCCACUCUGCCGAGGAGCCACAGACCCACCCGCUCCUGGAACCCCCCCACUCAAGGAAUCGCCAGCUCCUUGCUGUUUUCGUCGUCCAAGUCCGGUGCCGGCCAGGCUCCUCAGCCGCAGAAGAAACGCAGCAGGGUCGAACGACUUCUCCGGAAGACGCUGCUCGCCGCCGUACUGGGCAUCGUCCUGUGCUGCCUUCAGGGCUACGGCGUCGCAGGUCCGCACGGGAUGUUCGCCGCUGCCCCCAGGGCCGCUGCCGUCCUGCCAUGGUUCGCCUACCAGACUCUCCACAGGUGGCUGGAAUUCACCAUGGCCUGUAUCAUGGCCAGCAUCACCAGGAAGUCUCUAUACGGCAACUGCUACCGGCAACACAGCUGCAACGAAAAGUACAGGGGAUCCCUUUUCUCCUGAGCCAACGUCUCAUACGGACUAUUGCGUCCACCGACACGCCUCGUCGUAGAGUCGGGUGCCUCCAAAGAGCAGUACAAGGCAGCUUCAGACACUGCUGCGUUUGCGGCAUGCUCUGUUCUCAACCGAUGUGGUUGACGUAAGGUCGCACAAGGCAGAGAGGGGACACUGCGCACACAGAACGUUCUUGCGUAAGACUGACACUAGAUGAACGUCUAGGGCUGUCAGAUGGAAAGACAGCAUCUCGGAUCAUUGCUAUUUUUGUGCGUGUUACCCAGACGUGUGAUGCGUGUCAUAUUGUACAAAAAACGCAAUAUGACAAACAAUUUAGGGCAUUCGUGUCAACGCUGAGCCGACGCACUCAUCCUUUUAUAUCGGGCAAUCAAACUUCAGUCAUUUCAUUUAUAGUGUUCUUAUUAAAUUUGUGUGGUGCAAGCACUCGUACCAAAAAAAGAAGAUUGUAAAUACUAAUACUCGUUGUAAGGACGUUUGCUGUCCUGGAAAGCAGGCAAACCAGAGACCAUUCUGAGAGUGUGGUAGAGUGGUCCAAGUGUGGCAUGCGUUAAAUUCGUCCGAACGCUUAGUGUUUUUUUUAUAUGCUGACUCGCAUUUAAGGUUCUUCGUGUGUACACGAGUCUGUCGCCAAGUAAUGUUUCAGUUCGCAACAGAUGUCGCCGAAGAAACCACGGUCAGCACACACAUCUCUGAGAAACUUUGCCAAAGUACAUGUGUCUGCCUGUGUGUGUUGUCAAGGAAAAGCUCUGAAACAAAGAGCGUUGCAUAUUGCUGCGCGACUUUCUUAGUGCGUUUAUAAUGCCCUCUCACGGCUGUUAAUGCUACUGCUUUAUUUAUCUUACAUACCCCGGCCUGAGAAAGGGACAAUGUGACUGAAUAUUGAUGACUCUAUUAAUGGUUAAUGAUUUGAUUUUAUAACAUUAAGCAGUGGAAGUAUUGACUAUGUCAAACAGCUAACGCUUGAGCAGUUUGCACCUACCUGACUAUCAUAUUUUACAAGCAGUGUGGCCUAAAAUAACUUAAAAAUAAAACAAAAGUGCCGAUUUUAGACUAUUGUAUAUUAAAAAGGGUAACCAGCAAUGGUGGACAGCAAAUUGUGAACCAAUGUUUCCAUUUGCAUAUCGACAGCUGGAGUCAUAAUUGUCGACCUUGUCCUCUUCUUGGGCGGUAGGGUUUAGUAUUGGCGUCGUUCAGACGUCCAUUAGUUUUUAACUUGGUCUACAUUGUCGUGUUUCGACUAGCAUAUUCUUAUGGGCGUUAUCUAUACGAUCCUUAAGUCUCCGCCCCUGAUAUCGGAAUGCUGAGUCCAAUAUUAAUAGCGACGCGCGCAGCAUUACUAAAUAGUAUACAUAGACGUCUGUGAAAGUUUAUAUUAUUUAUUUGUGAUAAUAAGAAUGAUUGGUGUACUAAGAAUUCAAAACAUUUUAUAUGUCUAGGAACAACACGGCUACGAAUUUGAGUGAAUAAGCACUCACGUGCUUUUUGCUAAUAGAGGUGAACUGCCGAAGACCUUGGGUUAUAUGUUAACAUUAAAACCGGAUGAAAAUUCUGGAAAAUCGUUGAGUCAACCUUUGACGAACUAAGCUUAAUAAUGUAAGAUGUUGCGGGAAUAUUUUCUAUAAUUUUGUAACACAUGGCAACCUGUUUGUAAAUAUUGAAAAAAAAACUGCCAAUUAUUUUGAUUAGUCUGUAAAAACAAUCUUACAGGUUGCUUACUAUUUAGGUAUAUUACGGAAAUAGUGAAGUUGUGCCUCGUCUUAUGUGAAAACAAUAUAUAUGAUAAUGGUUAUAUGGGGGAAAGUCUAUGGCGGCCCACGAGAACAAAUAUCGACACAUUUUAGUCCUGUUCUUCUCUAUACAAAAAUACUUGCAUUAUAAAUAGUAUGCAUGCGAAUUUAGAAAGUGCAAUCUAUAAGUUUUGCUGCUUUGAUAUAUUCUGUGCUCAUUAUUGCAUAGCACCAUAGAUGUGUUUCAAGGAAUAAUGUUGAAUCCGUUGUGAAAUGUUAGUGCAUCUCCUUGCACCGUUGUAUCUCACGUGACCACUUUCCACCAGCCGUGAAUUUCAUGCUUGCACGUCCACACAUCGCGCUUGAAGUUGAAGUGUCUUGCUCCUUGUUCUUUUCCUGCGAGAGGUCAUAGUACACACACUCACACACACACACAAAACGUUUUUUGUUGUCGUGUAGCCUCCCCUCCAAAGUGUUCGAAUGCUCGAAAACGACAUUCCAAAAGAAAAAUCAAAGAACUGUGAUAUGCCUCGCAUUUUCUCCGAUCCUCAUAACACACUUCCCACGCACCUCAAUCGCAAACAAAGUGUCACUAAUACUGCAGCACCAGCAAGCCUGACUCCAGGUAAAAAGAAGAUGUCUUGUUGGUUGUACGAAGGACUUGCGAUAUUUGCAACCCAGCUUCAAACAGUGUUGUGCUCGAGGUGUUGAGUUGUCUUCAAAAUUUAAAUAUAAACUUGUCAGCCACAGAUAACUCGGAAUUUUUUAGUACCCUCAUGAAUUUUGUUUCUACUUUUACGAUAUGAGUGAACAAAAAAUUUUGGGCUACGCUUUAGAAAUGGUUCCUUAUAAACAUUAUACAUGAUGCUCUAAUGUCUAAUGCCUAUCGCGUGCCAUUAUUACCUCAAGUGAAAUUAGGAAUAUACAGUUGUAAUUUUUUUUUAAAAUGAGGCACAAUUCAUCACCAACAUUGAUGAACGUAUCUGUUAAAAUAAAAAUGCUUGCAUCUAUCCAAGGUCCCGUAGUCCCGUUGGCAUUUUGAAGCGUGUAAAAUGUUAUGGCUGAAGUCACAUCUCUAGGUUACACUCAUAUUUAAUUGUUUAACACGACGCAUUUGUCAAGGUCGCAUGGUCUUACAUUGAGUGAUGUUCCGCCACAAUAUCUGCUUGUUUGUAAAAGUGGCGGUUAGAAAAACACAUUUCCACACACAUACAUUAAGAAUCCAGAAUGUGGCCAGCACUGAAAGACCAAACUUUAGUCGGAAGGCUAACAAACGGGCAUGUAUACGCCAUACUAUGUUGUUCUUGAGCUGGUGGCAAGAGUACGUUGUUACAUCGUCGUGAGAUGCAAUACAUUGUAUGUUAUUGCAGCUCGUGACUUUUCAAAACGCAGGUAACAAGCGAAUGAUGGCAGUGCACGUGGUUCCGACUUCUAAUAUUCAUAGCACCGUGCCUUUCCUUCUAUGAGUUUCUCUGGUAUGAGAUCCUGUCAUACCGCUUUUGUUUGAAAGUAUCGAACUAGGAUCUAUUUGGGUACUUGUGCACACAAGCAGUUACAGCCUACCAAGAAACCCAGACGCUAGUGGGCGUACAAUCUGAAAAAACAGUCUGUUGCCCGGAAUUUACUGGCGGAUAAGUUAUAGUAAAGUUAGCGUGCAUUUUGAGUUUAAAAACAUCACGGCCCGACCUCAAACAGUGGGGGAAUAGAAUUGAGUUCAGCCAAUCUAUUCAUGACAUUCCAUCUACAGCGUUAGCAACUAUGAAUAGAAAACAGGUGCAAUCUGUAGGAUGUUUACUUCUUUCGUGUCCACAGAAGAAUCAGAGAACCACUAACCUGCCAUUUGCAACCGUUGCAGAGAUUUGUCUCGCAUGCAAGAUAUCUUUUGAGUGCCAAACAUUGUUGUAAGUUCGUUUGUUGAUGUGUCAUUGACAGAUAUAGUAAAUAAAUAUAAUAUAUUGAGGUUAUAA